UUUUUAGCAGUCUCGUUGUUAAACGUUAUUUCACUUCAUCAUAAACAUUUAAUGCACUAAGACAAACUUGAAUGACCCACUAGUAUUUUCUCUUAUAAUGUAAAUUGCCUUGCAGUAAAUCCUCCUGGUCAGCAGAUGGCGCUGCUUUUGGACGCAACAUCCUCUCCUUACUCUUACUCACUGCCACCUGCUACAGCUAGCAUAACAUACUAGCUAGCAGCUAGCAUAGAUACUUAGUUGACACGUUGUAGCACCUACAUAACUUAGAUUUUGUCAUGCUUGCAAUGGAAAACAGUGAAGAUGAGGUGGAGGCGGAUGAAACCGAAUGGAAGCAAGAUUUAAAAGAUUCGCCAUUUGUUGUUUCAGGCUCCUUAAACCUCCUUAAGACCACGACGCCUGCACACAGAGUCAUUUUGCAUUUUGACCUGGAUUGCUUCUAUGCUCAGGUGGAGAUGCUAAGAAACCCAGCUUUGAGAGACGUCCCUCUAGGCAUUCAGCAGAAGUACAUCAUCGUCACCUGUAACUACGUGGCGAGGCAGCAGGGCGUCGCCAAGCUGAUGUCUGUCACUGAUGCUAAGGACAAGUGUCCUCAGCUGGUGCUGGUGAAAGGCGAAGACCUGACCCACUAUAGAGAAAUGUCCUAUCAAGUAACAGACCUGCUGCUGUCGUUCUGUCCGCUGGUCGAGAGGCUUGGCUUCGACGAGAACUAUGUGGACAUCACAGAGAUGAUAGCGAGGAGGCUGGCACGCACGCCGCAGGCCAACCUUUCAUUUAAAGGCCACGUGUACAACACCGCAAGUGCAGAUGCAGACGCUAAAGCUAGCAGCCAUCCAGAGUUGGCUCUAGGGUCGCACGUCGCCGCCGAGCUGAGAGAGGCCAUUCACAGCCGACUGGGGCUAACUGGCUGCGCCGGCAUCGCCGCCAACAAGCUGCUGGCCAAACUGGUGUCGGGCACCUUCAAACCCAACCAGCAAACCACACUGCUGCCGGAGAGCGUUGAUGACAUAAUGGGCGCCCUGAGUGGCCUCCGUAAAAUACCAGGUGUUGGUCACCAAACUGCCAAGAGGCUUCAAGCCCUGGGCUUGGUCAGCGUCCAAGACUUGCAGCUUUUCCCUCCGACUGACCUGGUGCGAGAAUUCGGAGCUCCGGCUGCAACACGUCUGAAGAAUCUAUCGCUUGGCGUGGAUGAUUCUCCAGUCACCCCCACCGGAGCCCCCCAGUCUCUCAGCGAUGAAGAUUCCUUCAAGAAAAUGUCAUCUGCUAAAGAAGUGAUGGAAAAGAUUGAGCAGCUCCUGAGCAGCCUGAUAGAGAGGAUGCGCAAAGAUGGCAGGCAGCCUCACACCUUCCGGCUCACCAUCCGUAAAUACUCGGCGACCAACAAGUGGCACAGCCGGGAGAGCCGCCAGUGUCCCAUCCCCAACCACGUCGGACAGAAGAUCAGCUCUGCCAGCAGCGACGACGCAGUGGUCCAGCUGGUCUCCGUAGCUAUGAAGCUCUUCUCCAAAAUGGUGGACACCCACGCGGCCUUCCACCUGACCCUCAUCAACGUGUGCUUCAGCAACCUACAGACAAGAGGGCCUUCCGCCAGCGGGCGGGGCUCCAUCACAUCUUUCUUUGUGCACGGCUCCUCACCCAAAACACACAGACGGGACAGCUCCUCAUUGGCUGGCAGAGGACCGGGUGCAGAUAAUCGUCUCGGCACACCCAGCGAGACGACUCCAGAGAAGACCACAAAGAGCCCACCAAGCUGCGAUGCAGCAACGCUCUGGGCCAAAACCAAAGAGAGCACUUUUGUCCCGGCGGAAGCGUCCCAUCCUGUCACGUCACCCAGCAGCACCACAUGUCGAGACCACGGUGACACCGUCAUCACUGCGACACAUCGAUUGCCUCCAAAUGUUGACCCAGAUGUCUUCAGCCUCCUCCCUGUGGAGAUCCAAAAGGAGCUUUUAUUGGAGUCACCCGAGAGCACCCGUCAGCCGUGUCACCUUCCUUCAGAGCCCCCCUUAACGUCAAUCCCAACUUUCCGAAAUAUAAACAAUACAGAUGAAUGUGUGGUCUAUGAAUUGGACCCAUCUGACGGAUGUGCCGCGCUGCAUCAGCAGCAGCCUCCGGGCGGGAGCGCGCUUCCUGGAGAGACCGUCGCGGAAGAUAAGAGGCUGUCAUGUGACUGCGAGCUGCCAGUAAACGUGGACCCUAAAGUGUUCUCUGAGCUACCGGCUGACCUUCAGACAGAGCUGAUGACGGAAUGGAAGCAGCGGAAGCCGCUUCUGAAGGUCCCCGCGGCCAAGAAACCUGACCGAGCCAGAGAGAAGAAAGGUGCAGGAAGAGGAAGCCAGGCAAACAGUUUGUUGAAGUAUUUUAAGCACACUUAGUGCUAAUACCGCACAGUACAGGCCGCCGCUAGCUGUGGUAUUUAAAUGACAUUUUUUCACGGCAGUCAUGCUGACAUCGCAAGACAGACUCAUUCAGCACAGAAAGAUGCAAAAAAUGAUUUCCAUAAAAAAACGGUACAGGUCAGAAGCCUUUACGUUUUGGUGAGAAUCUGGAUAAACGUGAUGCUAGUGUUUCCAACUUCAUUAUAGCUUCAAUGGAAGCACCCAUCCUCUAGAAUCAUGCUGCUGCCUGUCUGCCAUUCAUCAUCUUCCAUGAACCAGGAAGUAGUAGCCUGCUCGCUCACACAGAUGACAAACUGCUACGCUGCCACUCUUGCUUUUGUUAACAAUACAACCUGCUUGUUAUAUACAGUAUGGUCAUUAUAACAUAACAAAAACAUAUUUGCACAGUUCCAUAUUUUCACUAUAGCUCAUUUAAAACACAUUUGUUUGUGGCCCAAUACGAUCAAUGCAAAAUCAACCUAAAAUGUCCUAAGUCUUCUGCAGUUUUUGAGUGAGUCGGUCAUGCAAAAUGCAGCAAAGCCGUGUCUUUUAUGAGUCAGCCAGCUUAGGUUAACAUGAACAUUCUCACCCAAAUUCUUGUGCAUUGUUAAUAAAUGCUGUCCCUAACACAGUGGUUUCAAUUCAAACUUUUCGUGUUACUUACGUCAGUCAGGUGCACUGAUGAGUUGUGACGAAAGACGCCCCUACAAAUGACCUGUUUUUUGUAUACGGUGCCUUAGAUAGUAUUUAUUCUUUUGUUUAUGCUGCGUUUGCUAUUUUGCACCACUGUUGUUUUUAUGAAUAAAGUAGAGUAUGAUUAGGUUAUAUGAAUAAAAACAAGCCAGAUGUUGUUCAUGAAUCCUAAUGCUGAGUGUGGGGCUGUGGGACAAUUUAUGCAAUUUAUUGCAAACAAGCAUGAAAGUGAAAUAGGCUGCUCAUCAGCUGAUCAAAACUGUAAGACCAUAGCUUAAAAAAAAACAAAAAUACGAAUACAAUUUGAAAAAAAGGACUCAGUAGUAAGUAGCUGCGCCAUUCUUGUUCAUCAGCUCAAAAAUGGGUUUGGGCAUGCUUGAUGCCAGUGUUUCCAGGAGGCUAGUGGGAAUGUUGCUCCAGGUGGUGAAGAUGGCUUCACGGACAGCAUCCACUGUCUGGAACUGAUGUCCAUUUUUGUAAACUUCCCUUGCCAUCCAUCCCCAAAUGUUCUCAAGUGGAGUAGAUCAGAGGUUCUAAGCUCUACUUCGUAAUGUACAUUUUUGCAAUUGAUCAGGAGUGUAUGUGUAAUGUACAACUCAACCUUUGGAGACAAAAUGGAGCACGAAGGUGUUUGCAAGGUGAUGCAGCCACCUAGUGGCCUUUUACAGGUGCUUCUGGAAUUGCUCCAUUGCCGCUCACCUUUCGCAGGCUCGCUGUUUCGCGG